GACACGCAGAGAGAGAGAGAAGACCUCGGGAUCCGAAUCUAUCGGGCGGUGAUCAUGGCGACCCCGGCUGAUUCUCGAGCUGUCAAGUCGCUCAAUAACUCCCAUGGAAGGAAGAGAUUUGUGUUCAAGAACUUGCUUGAGAGAAUGAGUGACAUUGAAAACAAAGUCCUCAAUGUCUUUAGGAGCCUCGAUAAGGUGAAGGAUGAGCCUUCACAGGGCUCCACGUUUCUCAAGGAUUGCCUCGUAGAAUGGAGGGAACUGAAUACAGCAGCAGAUUUUAUUUCAUUUUAUGAAGAAAUGUUGCCCUUUGUUCAGACUCUGCCGUUGGUUUUAUCGCAAAAAGAAUUAAUCUUCACAAAACUUGUCUCUGGAUUACAAUUGAAAGCAAGAUUCUCUCUGGAAGCCUUUCUCAGUUUGAUUGCUGCUUUAUCCAGAGAUCUCUUGGAUGACUUUAUUCCCUUCCUUCCACGGUUUGUUAACUCCUUAGUGACUCUCCUGAAAAAUGGUGGUCAGAAAGAUCCAGAGAUUAUUGAGCAGAUAAUGGUAUCAUGGUCAAGCAUAGUGAGGGACCUGCAGAAGUAUCUCGUAUGCGACAUCGAAGGUAUUCUCAGGGAUACAUUGGAGCUGAGGUAUUACCCCAAUGAAUGUAUCAGCAAACUUAUGUCACCUUCGAUGUCAUUUUUGUUGAGGACGGCACGUGAUAAGCAACUCAAAAUAGAGAUCAAGAGGAUCCUUUCUGAAGUUGCAGAUCCACUGAAAAGAAGUGGAGGAGUUAAUCUACUAUAUCAUCUUAUGAGGGGUACCUCUGUGAGUCUCCAUUCUAAAGCUGGACAGGUUUUGAGUUUCUUGCUGAGAGAUUCAACAUUAUCCUUUUGUGAUAAUCUUCCUCAGGGCAAUGUGUUUUUAAUCAUGGUAUCGUAUCCCAUUGUAGGUUCUGGUGGUACAGUUGAAGUUGUGAGUUCAACCUUGCAAAGACUAUGCGAGGAUUUCAAAGUAGAAGAAUUAAGUGUUAUGUGGAACUGCUUGUAUAUAGCAACAAAACAAUCAAUUAAAAACAAAAACUCAGCUCAUUUGACCAGGCUCUUGAUUGUGCUUACUUCAGCUGUUAGGGUUGAGAAAGGUCUCAAGACUACACAUGUUUGGUUGGACUCUGACUGGCUUGGCUUCUAUGCAUGCAGUUGGAUCAACAAUAUGAUUUUUGAGUCUACGGAGGAGGUGAUUCCUCUGUUACUAUCGUAUUGUAAGAAGCAGCAAACAAGUCACGACAAGGUGAAAAUUAUAGAUGGAUCAGUCGAGAGGAUUCAUGAGUUCUUGGAAGAGAAAAUCAAGAAAACUCAAACGUAUAUAGAGAAUACAGGGUUAGCUCAAAUCGAUGAGGCUGAGUUUGCUGCUGUUUGUGGAGCUGUGAAUUGUUUUCCCUAUUUUAAAGUGGAUUCAUCAUUGCUGAUUUGCUUUAAGAAUACUCUUAAACAGCACUUGGCCGACUCAGCUGUAAACACUUGUAGUGCUCAAGAGUUGAUGUGGCAGAGCAUGCUUGGUGCUGUUUUGGGGGUCAUAAUCAACCGCAGUGAUGUAGAGGAAGCUUUGUUUCUUGCUAAACAGUACAAGACAUGUGUACAAGUGCUCUCUUCCGUGGCUGACUAUUUGGAUCGUGUGGUCAUGCCUGUAUUAGCAAAUGAUGGUAGUAGCCCUAAUGCAUAUCCAGAACUUGAAGCAGAUAAAGCCGAAGAUGCCUUCACCAUCUUUUCUGAAAACUUGCGUCACUCAAACAAAGACAUCCGUCUUCUGACUCUAAGGAUCCUUUGCCAUUUCGAGACUCUGUCUUGUAAUCCAUCUUCUGAAGAACAUCCUCCUCCUAAGAAGAAACUGAAGACUAGCGUGGUUCACAAGUCUCUUCCUAAAGCGAAUGCGCUUCAGUUACUGAAAACAGUCGAAGAGUCUCUUCUCACAGUAUCGACCGAAAUGGAGUUGAGCAGAUCGAUUACUAGCAUACAAACGGAUCUCUCUGAUGGCAGGAUGCACGAGGCGUAUGUGCCUCUUGUAUUCAAUGGAAUUAUAGGAAUAUUUCACAAUCGAUUUUCCAGAAUAUGGGAGCCAGCAUCUGAUUGCCUUGCGGUUCUUAUCAAGAAUCACACAGGAGCCGUGUGGAAUGGUUUUGUUCGUUAUAUAGGUCAGUGCCAACUAAAUUUUGAAGCACUCCACAAUCAUAGCGAGGAUGAAAACUACAGAACUUCACAGAAGCAUACUGAUACUGGAGAAGUUGUAUCUCUGUUGCUUAAGACCAUACAGAAAGUUCCCACUGUUGCUCAGUCUCGAGCCUCUGAUAUUCUUCCUUUGUUUUUGAAAUUUAUGGGAUACAAGAGCGAAGAGGAUCCUUUGAGGGUCGGAUUAUUUAAUGGCGAAGCUUAUAAUGGAAAGGAGUGGAAGGGUUUGUUUACACAAUGGUUGACUUUACUGAAGCUGAUGAAGAAUCCGAGGUCGUCUCGUUUUAGUCAAUUUGUAAACGACGUUUUGCAAAACAGGUUCUUGGACGAUAAUGUUGCUGAAAUACAAACGAGCGUCCUAGAAUGCCUUGUGUUGUGGAACGACUAUUUACUCCCACACCGCAAGCGUUUGGAGAAUUUGAUCAUAUCAAAAAAACUGAGAGAAGAGCUUGCGACUUGGGACUUCUCCAAGGACAUUGAAGAAGCUCACAGAUCUCAUUUCGUUUGUCUUGUAAUUAGGAUCCUUAUGCCAAAAGUUAGGAAUUUAAAAGACUCAGCUUCGCGUAAGCGUACAAGUAUCUGUCACAGGGAGGCGGUUCUUGUCGUUAUAUCUCAGCUGGAUGUUAAUGAACUUGCCCUGUUCUUUGCCUUGUUGAUGAAGCCAUUGAACAUCAUAUCAGAGGAAACAACAGACUUGUUUUGGAGCUCAGGGAAAUGCUCUCUGGAGUAUUUCCAAAAGUCGAAUUUCCUGAAAUACUUCAACGUUGAUACUCUUUCGACCUUAUCAUGGAAGAUGAAAUCUGGUUUUCUUCAUGUCAUACAACAUGUACUUGAAGUCUUCGAUGUAUUCCAUGUCCGACCAUUUCUUGACUUUCUGAUGGGGUGUGUUGUCCGGCUAUUGGUAAACUAUGCUCCAAACAUCGAUGAAGAAAGCACCAUUGAUAAAGAGAGUGUCUCAACGAAGGCUGAUUUAAAGCAGUUUAAGGAGCUGAGAUCUUUGUGUCUGAAGAUUAUUGCUCAUGUUCUUAAAAAGUACGAGGAUUGUGAUCUUGGCUCUGAGUUCUGGGACCUCUUCUUCUCAGCGGUGAAUCCGUUGAUCAAGAGUUUUAAGCAGGAGGGUUCGAGCAGUGAGAAUCCAAGCUCAUUGUUCUCAUGCUUCUUGUCAAUGAGUAAAAGCCGCAAUCUCGUCACCUUCUUGUGUCGAGAAGAGUCUCUUGUUCCAGACAUUUUCUCAAUUCUAACAGUCACCACAGCUUCAGAAGCUAUUAAGUCCUCUGCCUUGAGUUUCAUAAAGAAUCUGCUCAGUCUUGAGAAUGACUUGGAUGAUGACGAUGACCAUAUGCUCAAAGGAAUCUUGGAUCCAUAUUUAGAGGCAUUGAUUAACAGCUUGCAUUCUCUUUUCCGUGAAGAUAUUUUGAAAAGGAAGUAUCAUGGUGAAAGAGAGAUUAAGAUUCUUAAACUAUUGUCGAAGCACAUCCGAGAUGAAUCUCAUGUUAUGAAGUAUUUGGAUGUCUUGCUUUCUUUCUUGGAUAAACGUGUGAAAUAUUCUGAUACUCAUCGUGAGGCUUUGCUAGCCAUUCAGGACAUCACAUCGUUGCUUGGGAGCGAGAGUACCAGCAAAAUUAUAGAUAAAGUAUCUCCUCUGCUUGUUGACGCUGAUCUUGGCCUAAGAUUAUGCAUUUGUGACCUUCUUGAAUCUCUUACAAAAAUCGACUUUUCUCUGAAUCUAGUGGCCAAAUGCGUCAGCGAUAUGAAUGCAACUUCACCCAUGGAAGUUGAUGAGCUUGACUAUGAAAAGAUAGUUGAUGCUUACGGGAAAAUUGAUGCGGAUUUUUUUAACAAAUCCUCGGAGCAGCACAUGAUGAUCAUUCUCUCACAGAGUCUAUACUACAUAUCAUCAGGAGAAGUUACGUUAAAGUACUGCGCACGUAACCUCUUGUUCACUUUCAUUGAGUUUUCAGCCUCCAUACUUUGCCAAGAGGCUUCAGCUCGCUCUGACAUUGGCAAAGAUGUUUCAAGAUCUGUUGCAAGAUGGACAGGAGAUCGUGUGUUGCGGAUUAUGAAUAAUUUUAUUUUGAAACACAUUGGAGAUUCAGUGAACAGAGGAAUUUCUAGUGGAGAGGAGGAGAUUCUUUUGAUACGUAAAAUGGUGAUGGAACUUCCAGAUUCAGGGAAUCUUGCUGCAUUCAGACCUUUAUUAGGCUCUGAAAACGACGAAGAUGAUUUCUUUAAAAACGUCUUUAGCAUUCAGGCACAUCGUAGAGCAAGGGCGAUUAAAAAUUUCGCGAAGGUGAUCAAAGACAGCACUAGCAGUCUCCCUGAGGGCGUAGUGAGAGAGCUUUUGAUCUCAGUCUUUUUCAACAUGUUUCUUGAUGGACAAGAUGGUAAAGGUCAAAAUGUCCAUGAUGCAUGUGCAGAAGCCCUUGCAUCCGUGUCUGCUCAUAUGAGUUGGAAUCCUUACUACGCUCUACUAAAUCGGUGUUUCCGUGAGAUGGAGAAGCAUACCGAGAAGAGAAAGCGUCUGAUGAAUCUCGUCUGCUCGAUUCUAAACAAGUUUCAUUUCGCAGAAGAUGGUUACGUACAAGACAAGAUUAGGGUUUGUCUCGAGAAAACCUUGUUCCCCAAGAUACAGAAGCUGAUGGAUUCUGAAACCGAUAGUGUUCAUGUCAACGGCUAUGUAGCUGCGGUGAAGGUUCUAAAGCUACUCCCAAAAGACAGAAUGGACUCAAAUCUAGAUUCUAUAGUUUCUAAAGUCUCCAAAUAUUUGAGGGACCCGGUGCAAAAGCCACGUGAUGAAGCAAGAAAGGCUCUCGUUGCUUGUUUGGAGGAACUUGGGCUAGAAGAUAACUUGCAACUUUUCGUUAGAAAACUAGUUUCUCUAUUAAGAAAAGGAUCUGAGGUGCAUGUGUUGGGAUACACUGUUUAUCACAUCUUAUCCAAGUGCCUGCCCAACCCUACGGGUGAGAAGUUGGAUCACUGUUUGGAAGAUCUCCUUGAUGUCGUUGAAGCCGAUAUCCUUGGAGACGUUGAUGAACAGAAAACGGAUAGAGAAUAUGUAUCAAAGAAGAUAGAGAGUAGAAAACGCAAGUCGCCUGAUACUCUGAGAUUGCUUGCUGAAAACGUAACGUUCAGAAGCCAUUCGUUGAAGUUGCUUUCUAUAGUCACUGAUCAGCUGCAGAGGCCCAUGACUUCAGCUUUAAAAUCAAAGCUGGAGGAGAUGUUAAAGAAUAUUGCAGCUGGUAUUGAAAACAAUCCAUCCGUUGAUCAAAAAGAUCUGUUCUGUUUUAUCUAUGACCGUGUUGAUGAUGGUAUUAACAACAAGAGUGGUCUUGGAGACCAAGCGUCUUCUCAACCAUCGAAAAAGAGAAGGAAGUCGAGAGAUACUCAAGAGACUUCUGGUUCCAAGUCAUGUCCGCAUCUUAUUACCGUGUUUGCUCUGGACUUGUUGCACAGCAGGCUGAAGAAAAUCCAACCAAACAGUGCUAAUGAAGAGCUGGUGUCGAGGUUGGAUCCGUUUGUCAGACUACUUGUUGGUUGCUUGAGCUCCAAGUAUGAAGAUGUUGUAUCUUCAUCCGUUAGAUGUUUCACUGCACUGAUGAGGUUGAAACUGCCUUCUUUCAAGUCUGAAGCAGGUAAAGUGAAAGCCGCAGUGUUGAACAUCGCAGCGUCUGUGUCUGCAAUGAGUUCCAAGAGUCCUCUUCUGGAGUCAUGCAUUAAGCUGUUAAAAGCUCUUAUCGGCAAUGAAAAUCUCAGUUUAUCAUCUGAGCAGUUGAAAAUGUUGAUUCAGUUCCCUAUCUUUGUUGACCUGGAAUCGGAUUCGUCCGUUGCUUCUCUGUCACUUCUCAAGGCCAUUGUGAAAACGAAUCCAAAGAUAUAUGAUGUCGCAGAUCAGGUUACAAAGUUGAUGAUAACGCAUCAGGAUGAAUCAACCCGCAAGAUUUGCAGAGAGAUACUUGUAGGAUUUUUGGUCCAUAAUGAGAAGAAACUCCUAGAGCGAUGUUUCAGCGUUCUGCUAAACAGUCUGAGUAACUCAGUUUUUUCCUCCUUCAGCUAUGAAUAUUCAGAUGGAAGAGAUUCAGUUCUCGACGCUCUUCAAGAACUUAUCAAGAAACUCUCAAACCCUGAUCUCGACAAGCUGUCUCAGAGAUUGUUUCCCGUGCUUGCUGAUCGUUUGGAAAUAGAACCAGAUAAAAAACUGCUGCGCAAGAUUUGUGUUGCGAUAAAACUUGUGAUAGGUCGCAUGAGUGAUUAUAGUUCAAGUCUUGACCUCUGUCUGGGUUGGUAUAAGCAAGGGAGCUCACAGGCUAAAGCAGCACAGGUACUGGGAUUGUUCAUUGAAGCCAAGAAGGAUAAAUUUCCGGAGCAUAUCCGCAGUAGAUUAUUGCAUGAGGCUAAAACGAUUUUGGAGUCUGCUGUAAAGUUGCAAGAUACAGUUGAGGAAGAAAGUGCUCCUCCUUUUUGGAAGGAAGCAUACUACUCUCUGGUUAUGAUAGAGAAGAUGCUCAAUCAUUUUCCUGACUUCACUUUCAAAAAAGAUUUAGAGGAUAUAUGGAAAAUGGUGUUUAAGUUGUUGUUGCACCCACACGAAUGGUUGAGAAGUAUAUCAUGCCGCCUCCUGAAGCAUUAUUUUGAUAAAUUAAGUGGGAAGAAAUCAGGAAAAUCUCAGGAACAAGUAGCUGAACCUCUUCUCGAGAAGCCAAGUAGCUUGUUCAUGGUGGCUGUUUCUCUUUGCGUCCAUUUAGAGCACUUGAAGAAGCAACCUAGCACAGGCAAAAAGAAGCAACAUAGCACAGACGACGGCAAAGAAAUCGACGUUGGUAUCAUUACAAGGAAUAUUGUCUGUGCGGUCUCUCGUCUUCAUUCUCUGCUUGGACGAUGUGACCAUGAGUUCUGGUCAAGUCUUGACAACGAUGAGCAAGUGGUGUUCCUCAAAGCCUUUGAGAACCUUGAUUCAGGGAAAGGCAAGUCUACUUUUCUGGCUCUUACCUCAGGGAGACGUAGUGGAGAUGACGUGAGAAGUGUAUUGGUCGGAGGUCCUGAAGAAGAGAUGCAAGGUGAAAGGGGGAGCACUGAUCAAGAGGAGGAUGAGGAGGAACAUCAUGGUUCCACGGCUAGGAAAGUCAUCUCCGAUGAGCUGAAACAGUUAGCGGAAGAGGUAAGCGAGAGUAUAAAAGAGAAGAGCUUAGGCAGCCAGAUGUUUGUGCAAGUUUACGGAGAGAUCAAGGAGAGUUUGAAAACGAAGAGGGAGAAGAGGAAACGAGAGGAGAAGCUAAUGGCGGUGAUAAACCCUGAGAGAAACGCAAAGAGGAAACUCAAGCUUGCUUCGAAGAACAAGGCUAACAAGAAAAGGAGGAUUAUGAGCAAUAAAAUGAGUAGAUGGUCACGCUCUUGA